AUGGCAACCCACAAGGGUCAAACAUUCUGCACCAGCUUCUUUGGCAGCUCUGGCUUCUUGGGCUUCGGUUCAGGAAACGCCAUGAUAGGACCCAAGCGGCUAUGUUCCGGCUCCCUUGGUUCCGCCCCGCUUGGCCCCACCUGCUCGGAGCGGGACCCGCCGCGGGGUGCAGGGCUCGUUGUCGGCCCCGCCUCGUCCCCCGCCCGCCGUGGGGCCAGGCUCGGGGACCGGCUCGCCCCGGCCAGGCGCGGGGGGCGGGGGGUGUCCCGGAACCAUUGCUGCGGGCCGCGGGGUGUUACACCGAUCCGCGCCCCCCGGGAGCAAAUGUCCGGCAACAGCAUGAGCGACCCCCGGCGGCCCAACAAGGUGCUGAGGUACAAGCCUCCGUCUACAGAGAACAACCCCACGCUGGAAGAUCCCACUCCAGAUUACAUGAACCUGCUGGGGAUGAUUUUCAGCAUGUGCGGCUUAAUGCUUAAGGUUGUCUAUCUCUGCGGUGGUGAUGUCCUAUCUCCAGAAUCCCCAACCCAUGUCCCCGCCUUGGUGAAGAGAUUACAGCUCAUUGCACAACUCCUUGCAAAUCCCAGAGAGACGCUGUCGGCAGAGAGGAAGGAUUCACACGCUAGAACCAUCUGUUUGUACAAGCAGUGUGUUGUAACACUCGGCUAUCAAAAUAAAUGGGUUGUUGCUGUAGGAGCUUUGGUUUAAAAAAACAAUCUGUGCGCAUGUA